AUCACAUGAUUUGAAUGGAGGAGGAAACUUUAUGUCAACAUAAGGUGUUUACUGAACACCAAUAACCUAAUCUACAUUCUGAUGGUUUUCAUAAACAUUUAUUGAUUUGAUUAAGACGGGUUUUUUUUUUGUUACCCAUAAAAAUGUCAGGAAUUAAUGAAGAUGGAACCUGCUACACGGGAGGACAAGUUGAUGAAAUUGCUUUAGCUUUGAUUGAUGCUGCUUAUGAUACUGAUCACAUGACAAGAGAGGUCAUCGCCAAUUCUCUUUUUGAUCUGGGCAAAAAUAAGCCAGCACUCAUUCUGAGUUCUUGCCAUUCUUAUCUGAAGAAACAUUCCAAGCUUUCUCUUGAACAUCGUAUCAUCAUUCUCAACACAGUAGAAAAAAUUUUAAAGGAAAGACUUGAAUUCGUCAACCCAGAGUUGGCAAUCAGCCUUAUCAAACAAGCAUCUUCUGAGCUAACGCAAAAUAAGGAAGUGUCACCAGAAUGGCAAACAGCUGCGAGCGGAGUGUUGGUUGCUCUAGGAAUGAAAUUCUGUAAUGACGUGAUGGGAGAAAUGCUUGAAAAGUUUCAACCUGGGAUAUUGCCACAUUUUUUUGUUGUCCAAACAAUAGGCAACCUGGCAGCUGCUAAUGUUUAUGAUAUGGUUCCUCACCUGACCGCUGUGCUGGGAACAAUGUUACCAAUGCUGGGAUUAGCCAAGUAUGACAAUAUGCGUUGGGUUUUUGCAUCUGCUCUGUCAAAGUUUAGUGAAGCCAUCUUAGAAUACUGUGCUAACUUGGAUCAAGCUCCAGACAAAACAGUUUCCAUUGACAGAUUUUCUAAUGAAAUUUUCUCUGCAUAUGAUAUUUUAUUUAAUGUUUGGCUUCAGUCAAAAGAAGCAAAGCUGAGGUUGGCAAUCAUCGAAGCAGUUGGUCACAUGACCCACAUCAUUAGUAAAGAGAAACUUCAAGAGCAACUGCCAAAGAUCUUGCAAGGAAUUUUCUCACUGUACAAACGUCAUCCAGAGCCAUAUCAUAUCACUCAGGGUCUUUGCAUGGUGCUAGACACAGUCUGUGUGGAGGGAAGUCUUAUUCUAGAACCUUAUCUCGACAACCUAUUGAAUAUCCUCUUCUCCCAGAUAUUUCAACCAGUGGACUAUUCUAAUCCUUUGAGUAUGAAGAAUCACAAUGAACUUCUAAGAUCUUAUGCAAUUAUAGCUCGGGCAUAUUCUGGAAAACUGGUUGGCAUUCUCCUGGGAAAACUCGAAACAAAAGAUGAAAGAAUCAAAAUUGGAAUUUUGUCUAUUUUUAAGCAUGUGAUCAAUGCUGCAGUAUCUGCCAUGGAGGAUAAGAAGGAAGUCAUUGUAUCUGGGUUGAGAGGUUUGUGCAAUGAAACCAACAACAAGGUCAAAAAAGUCUUUGCUCAAGUCAUCAUUGCCAUGGCCCAUCAUGGCUACUUGGAGCUGGAGGGAGGUCACCACAUGGUGGAGUUUAUUGUCAGGCAGUGUUCCCUGGAAGAUGAUCCCAAGGGCAAGAAGUCCCCAGAUCCUGAGCAUGUCAGUAAUCAGUCCUUAAGGAGUAUGUGUGACAACAUCUUGCAAUUGGUGACUACAACUAUAGACAAAAUGGAAAGUGUUUUGUGGCCCUACCUUUUAGAGCUGAUUGUCCCUGAACAGUACACGUCUGCUGUUGGACCUGUUUGUAAAUCAUUAGCGUUUCUGGCACACAAGAAAAGGGAUGAAAGUGCUCAAGAUUUCUGGAUUGAUUUUGAAACACAGCCCAACAUUCCCAAGCCAUCACAGAUUCUGGCAAGGCUAAUGGUACUUGUAGGCCAUCCCAAAAAUGGUCGUGACAGAGGCAUCCAUUUAUUGAACCUGAUGAAAAGUAUUUCUCCCAAUCUUGAUGACAGUAUCGUGGGGCUGUGGGAUGCUGUCAUUCCUAAACUAAUAAGUUAUCUUGGAGCUGGGUCAGAGAGUGGUGAUGAGGAAGAAGAAAAGUCUGCUGAAGCUGAAAAAUGGUCACAGAAAAACUGGGAGGAUCUGUUGCUGAAGAUGCUUUCCAAAAGUCUUGAUGUUGUGGAUAAAGAAGAGUGGAUUGCUGAUUUAGGAGUAGCCAUUGGUCAACAAAUACCACUGUAUGCUAAUUAUGUUGAAGAAAGGAACUUUGCCUUCAAGUGUUUGGGCAUCAUCAUGAGGAAGUCCUCCAAGAAAGACUUUGUGGAGAAACAUCUGGAGCUCAUUUUCAACACAGUGAAACAUGUGGAUCAGAUUGAGAGAGAGGGAUGUGCUAUUGCUGUUGGCUAUGUGGCUUCAUCACAUCUAGACACUGUCCUUGCCAGACUUGAGAAAGUAGCAAAAAAUGACAUGACCAAAAAAUCAUCUGGAAUUCUGGGUAUUCUAAAGGAUAAGUCAGAGGUGAAUGUUGAGCAGGUCAAGGCCACUCUUAUGUUGUGCUAUGGAUUUGUCGCCCUCUAUUCCCCACCCUCCCUUAUCAUAUCCAGGAUGGAGGCAACAAUUCUCAGGUCCAUAUCUCCAUACUACCCUACUGUCAAGGAAACAAAUGUGAAACAAAACCUUAUUCGUUGUACUGACCUUAUUGCUCAAGCUUUGAACCCCAGCCAUCUGGAGCAAGAAUACAGAUUUACAACUAGAGGAGAGUUUCUUUCACACAUGGAGAAUUAUAUAAAAGCAGAGCCAACAACACAUUUGGGAACAGAGACUCGAACCCUGGCCAUGAAUACAUGUGCAAAUCUUGUUAAACUUGAGCCAAAACUUUCAGAAGCAGAAGUGUUUGACCUGGUUCAAGUCUGUACAGACAGUCUCUUUUCACUCUCUCCAACUGGGCUGCCAAACAGGAAAGGGAAAGAAGAAAGUCCUACAGAAAUCUUGGAGGUAGAAGCCAUGAUGACUGCAGCCUUCUCAGCCAUGUUUGAGAUCUUUAAAGAGUUGAUCAACAAAGACUGUACACCGACUGGUCUGGAGAAUAUUUUCAAACAUUUGGUUCCUUGGAUUCUAUCUCAAGAAGAACAUGAGAGAGAAAGAGCCUUAAACACAUGGCUUGUGGUCCAAAGAUUUUAUUUGGAAACUCUUAAAGUCAAGAACCCUCAAAUUCUGGAAAAUGAAGGCAUUUUAUUGGGCAGGAUGGUGCCCAGAUGUUCAGAUCCUGUUACUUCUAUUAGACAACUGGCUAUUGACAAUAUUCAUGUAACUCUGCAGAUAGCCUUGAGACAUGAAGGUAAUCCACCAGAACAUAAAGACCAGAUGGUUGAUGCUCUCCCCACCCUGAAAGAAAGGUUGAAGAAAAGUGAUCCAAAUCUUCUAUUCAGUGUUGUCAAUGAUCUCUCAAAGGUCAUAGCUAAAAAACUUCCUGCUGAUUGCCUGAUUCCCUUCAUAGAAACAUUACAACAGGGUUUACUGGACCUUCAGUCCCAUAGUUCAUCUGGUGCUUGUGUAGUCCUAAAUGGUAUCAUGAAGAUAAGAGGAGGGGACAUCAGACCAAAGGUGGAGAUAUUUUUAGAAAAUUUGUAUGAGAAACUCUGCCAGAUCCAGUGCCCUCAGACCAAAACUGGGACAUUGCGCACUAUUCGAACAAUGGCUGCGCACCAUUUGCUACCAACAGUGACCUCUCUACUUACAUAUCCCUUGCCUUAUGAUGAUAAUGUUGUUGAGAUUUGGAAAAUCCUGGCACAAGAUCCAAGUCUGACUUCUCAGACUUUAGAACAUUUCCUGGAACUUUUGCUCAAGUCUCUUCCUUAUGAAGAGAAACCAGAUCCCAGAGAUAAGGAGAAGAAAAUAAAAACAGCAACUACAGUCCCACUGGCUGUAACUUAUGCUUUCACUGAAAUAUUCAAAGUGGAAGAAACUAGAGACAAUGUUUUGAAACUUUUCCCUCGUCUGUUUGCGGCACUGAUUGUUAGGAUUGGCUCAUCUGUUGCUGCUAAAGCACCCAAAGAAAAGAAAACUGAAGUGCAAGAUGUAAAGGUGGACAAAAAAAAGAAAGGUGUUGUGGAAAAAAAAUCUAGCAAAGUUGUUCCUAUUGAAGUUGCUAUCAGUGCCAUGAGAACAUUUUUGGAACACACUCAAAUGACAGACAUGUUGGAGCAACUUGAAACUACUGGAGCCUGGGCUUUGAUGGAAGAUGAAGAGCAGUAUCCAGAGGCAAUAACUUUAUUGGCUCGAGCUUUGAUAACUGAAGAGAAAGAAACUCAUAUUGGAGAUAUUGUCAAUUCCCUGACCUCAGUUCUGUCAAGUCUGUAUGAAUCACAAAGGAUUACUGUAGCAGCAUUUUUUGCUGAGCUAAUCAACCAAAAAUGUAAAGGUGAUGAGGAUCUGGUUCAACUCAUUAUGAACAGCCUGUUGGGUCGACUGGUGGAUGAGUCUCACAUUGUGAGAAUGUUGUGUGUCAGAGGGCUUGGCAACAUUGCCAGUGUGGGCAAAGAACAGGUGCAGACCUAUGCCACAACUAUUUUAUCUGCCAUGAUGGCUGGCAUGGAUGACAAGGAGGACCCUGAAGACUUUAUCACCAUUGAAGCCAUGCGAGGUUUGUCUCGUAUCUUAGGAGAAAUACAGGAGGAACAUAUCCGUGCUAUUCUCAUCAAUGUCUCUCUCAAGAUAAGACCCUGUUUAGAAAAGGAUAAAUGUGCUGUACGAGCUCAAGCAUUUAGACUUUUUGGCAACCUGUCACGGUUUGGUGAUGGACCUUCUAAGGCCCCGUUUCUGGAACAAAUACAUAGUAAUUUUAUAAGUCUACUUUUGCAUUUGAAUGACAAGGAAGAUGAAGUCAGGCAGGCCUGUAAAUUUGCCCUACGUAGUCUUGGUCCAUUGAUGAAAUCAGAAGUGAUCAAUGACAAAUUCCAGCGUCACCUCAUAGAAGAUGGUCAUCUUCAUUAUGGCGAAUUUAUGAAUGACUUAUCGAAAUUGAUAAUUCAAGAGUUAAGUGAGAAAAUAAAUUUCUAUGUGAUGGGUUGUGUAUCAUUCUUUAAGAGUCCAUGGCCUGAAAUAAAAAGCAAUGCUGCAAUGUUUGUUGGUUUUUUGCUUGGCAAUUUGCCAAAAGAUAUGCAGACUAAUAUUACUAAAGAACACAUUUGUUCAGCAUUGAUACUGUUGUUAAAAGAUUCCUCGCCUAUUGUGAGGGCUAAGGCUGCUGAAGCUAUGAGUUUGUUGUAUGAUUACUAGCAAUAUGAACUGUUGAAGUAACAACUUUAAUGCAUGCUAGUCUACCUUUCCUAAUCAGUCAACAACAUUCUUUCUGCUUGUGUUUGACUUGGACACAUCCACAGCUCAGAAACAUAAAACAUAAUCAAAUAUCUCUGAAACAAAAUUGUUGAAACGUGGUGCGGAAAGAUUAUUGUUCAGUGAUUCAUGACAAAGUAAGAAAAAAACAACUCUCUGGAGAAAAGAAAUUAUCAUUUUAAAAUCCUUAAAAUUAAAAAGAAAAGAUAAAUUUCAAUCUGUGAAUACUAAAUGCAGUACAUAUCUGAACCUUGAAGAGUAAGCUUUGAUGAUGUAUAUGCUUGUCAAAUGAAUUAUUUGUGUGCAUACUUUUUUUUAUAAAGUGUUAUGAAUUGAAUAACUUUAUAACUUAAUAAUUUGUUACUGUAUUUAUGUAAUCAACUGUUGGCUUAGUGAUUUCAAAGUGUCAUAGUUGCCAGAUUUUAUUGGCAAGUUCUUUGUUAAUGUUAUAAUUGCAAUAUAUUAAUUUUUCAUACUAAAACAAUUAUGGAACUACUUUGCUUUAAAUUGUCUAUGUAUGCUUAUUCAAUGUGAUAUUGUUAUUAGAAAAUACCAUUUCAAAAUGUGACAUUUACAUUUUUUUGUUGACAGUAUUCCUUUUUCUAAACAAUGAACUGUCAUAUAAUAAUACUCCUAUAUAAUUUUUUUUCCUUUGAUCUUAGAAAUAUUUUUUUUUACUUAUUUUGUGUGAUUUUUUUUACCAUGUCAUUUUUUUCUAUAUUAAUACAAAUGUAAAAAUGCUUUUUUUAAAUUGUUUUUUUUUUUGUAAAUUUCUUUUUAAAUCAGUUCAACUUUCAAUGUGGGUGAAACAGUUGAAAUCAAAUUGCUUUUCUAAUUGCAUUAUCAGGUAUAACAGGUUUAGAGGUUACUAAUGAAUUUUUCCAUAUCAUAACAUAUUGAGUAAUGUAUAAUAGUGUAAGUGUAUUCAAAAUUCGUUGGCCUCACUCCAUCUCUGGUUUUAUUUAGGUUUAAUCAAUCACUGAAAGAAGAGAAGAUUUUCAAACAUCUUGAUCUACUUAUAGUGUGGUAGGCCUGCCAUUAUUUGUGAAAGGAAUAUAUAUUCCUAAUAUAUAUAUAUAUUGUGUUUUGAAACACCAGGGUGACAUUUUUUUGCUUAUGUAAUGAUUAUCCUUUGGAAGGAAUAUCUAUAAAUUGAAACUAACAUUCUUAUCACAGUAACCAGUUGUACAAUAGAAAAUGUUUUAACCAGAACAAAGUUUUACAAGAUUUGUUUGUUUAUUACUUGUAAGCUUUUUCUUGGGUGGGUUAGAAUUUUUUGAUUAAAUAGAUCUAUAACUAGUUUGUUAUAAGCAGAUUUCUUUUAAAAAAAGCUUAUCAAAAUCCCAGCUAAUCCAUGUGUUUUGAAGACUUUUCAUUAAUUAUUUUUAGGAUUAAAACUGUUUUGUGGGUUGAUGAUAUCUGCUUUGUCUCAAUUUGUUUAUAAAAAAAAAUGUCAACUACAUAGAAAUAGCUAAGUCUUUCAGUAUUAUUCAUCAUUCAUUAAGAUCAAUAUCAUAUAGUAUUGUUGAAUUGUCCAUAUGUUUCAUUUUAGAAUGUACCCAGCUGCAGAUUGAUAAGUUUAUACUGAUUAGUCUCUGGUCGCUAGGCAAUCAAUAAAAAGAUGAAAUAUCAUGA